AAAAUCGGACCCAUUUAAAGAACUGAUAAUACUCGGACACCAUCACAUUUUUAUUCGCCCACAUUUUCAAUCGUUCGUCUUGCAAAUCAUGUUUAUUUGGGUGGCAUUGAUCACCCUGCUGACACCCAGCUUACAAACUGAUGAUACUCUCAGGAAAUACACAUCUCUUAGCUUCCCUGGUGAAAGCAACAGCUCUAUCUCAUUUCUUCCAGACAUCUCCCCCUUCGCUGACGUGUUUUCGUUUUGUGGCUGGUUUAUGAAGAUGAAGGUAAGGUCUGCAGGGUGGCCCAUACUCCUCUCUUACGGUGGCGAGGAGCUACGGAUACAGGACGACGGAGGACACAACUGUAUCUUCGGAGCGGGGAUAAGUCUAAGGAACAAGUUCGCAGGGAUACGUCGACAAAGCUGGUACCACUACUGUUCCACGUGGAGUUCAGAGUCUAGAGAGUUCCGGGAGUACCUAGACGGGGACCUCAUAGCAUCACGUACCACAGCUCCAGGAAGACAGCUCCAGACUGGACUACAGUUCACUCUGGGCAACUAUGGAAAUGGCGGAGCACAAAGUCUGGCGUUCCAGGGAAUCAUGUUCAACGUAAAUCUCUACGCUAAAGAGUUCUCGGGGGCGGACGUAAAGAGGAUGUCAGGUGACAUGUGCGCUCUGAGGAGUGAGUCUGAGGACAGUGAGUACAAGUUGAGCUGGCAGAACAUUCUAGAGCAGCCCAGAAAUGGGAUGAUAACCGAGGGGUACAGUGGGUGUUUGAGAGAUGCUGCAGUAAAGAGCAGACUGGAGGAAGCGAGGAGUGGAGUUGAACAGAGCCAGAAAGAUCUGAUACAAGCUAAGAUUCAACUGAGCGACAUCGUGAGUGAACAAAUGGUGGAGACUGGGCAGAUAUUGGAAUCGGCUGGAAAAGGUGACCAGAAUACAGCAGAUUUAUUAGACUCUAAUCAAACUCUAAUAAUAUUAGAGCUUACUACUCUUCUUAACAAGAAAAACGAGGAACUGACUAGACUCACAACUGUGCUUCAGAGAACUGUAGUGGAGCUCAAGGAAGAAGGGACUAAGCCACGGAAGGACGAUACCGGGCAAAAGAAAAGCGUGAUCAGAGGAGCUAGUAAGUGGGAUAUCCUGUACUCAGAUGCCUUCUUUAACAAGACGAUUACACCUCAUCUCUCUGAGAAACUCCGUGAUAGCUGGGAUAACUUUUGCGAAAAACUUGUGGGGGUGACGAUUACGGAACAAGUUAUAGAACUGAUGAAGCAUCUGGAAAAAAGCUAAAAUUGAAAGAUUAAACAGAGAAAAGCCAACGAACAUAAAUUUGGAAAAUAUGUAUUAUGGACUGAUAGGUGGACAGAUCACUAUAUUCAUAUUUUACAAGGAAAAUGAAAAUGAAAAUAUAAAAUUAAAUAUAAUAAUAACGUCUUCCAUUUUUAUACGUAUUAUUCGAUUUCAUUAG